GGCGUCUUAAAGGCAGAAACAAGAAAGCAAGCGGCAAGUGAGACGAGCGGCUUGCAGGUUUUUUGAGGCUGCUAGCCAAUGGCUGUCCAGCAUAGAACUGUCCACAGAGGAGCUGGUCCUGCUCGGACUCACAUCCAGCUCCAGGGUUAGAUGCUUGGCUCCACCUUUCGGAGGCAAAGCUCCGCUUUCGCCCAGAGGCUAGCCAGACCCUUCGCACGCUGCGCGAGAACCUGCAGCCCCAAAUCCAGCAGAGUUCUUCUCACUUACUCUCCCUUCGUGGUUCUGCCUCUCAGGGAAAUAAAAACGCAGCGAGAAGAAAGCAGAGGCAGAGAGGAAAAGAGAAGGGACCCGCCUCCCCACCGGGGGAAAGAACUGGAGACCACAAGACCGAAGGAACAGAAUCUCUGUGUUUUAUCAUCUCCACGAGAGCUCUUUAGGAAACGAACCGCUGGUGGGAUGGGGUCGAGUCAUCUUUCGGGGUGCUGCUGAGACUUGUGGGGUGCUGGGUGUGGGUCUACAAUGCAGGGGCAGUUGUCGUUGAGUCUGCCCGGCAGGAGCCAAGCCCCGGCAGCAGGUGUGUCGUCCCGCUCCCGGCUGGAGGUGGCUCGGACAGUUCCCACCCGCAGCCUGAGCCGCUGAGCCGCGUGGUGCUGAAAUGGACAGCUCCUCGGUGGCUUUGCCCCUGAAUGGCUCCGGGAGCCAGGAGAAGGCCGCUGGGGACCAGCUCUCCGGGCGCUUCUCCACCAUGUGGACCAUCGUCCUGGCCGUCCUCAUGGCUUUGUUGAUCGUGGCUACGGUCGUUGGCAAUGCUUUGGUGAUGCUGGCUUUUGUGGUGGACUCCAGUUUGAGGACGCAAAACAAUUACUUCCUUCUGAACCUGGCCAUCUCCGAUUUCCUAGUAGGUGCCUUUUGCAUUCCACUUUAUGUGCCCUACGUGCUAACUGGCAGGUGGACUUUCGGAAGAAGCUUUUGCAAGCUCUGGCUGGUGGUUGAUUAUCUGCUGUGCACCACGUCGGUCUUCAACAUUGUGCUGAUUAGCUAUGACAGAUUCCUCUCGGUAACAAGAGCGGUGUCCUACAGAGCUCAGCAAGGAGACACCAAGCAAGCCGUGUUCAAGAUGGCCAUGGUGUGGGUCUUAGCCUUCCUGCUCUAUGGACCUGCGAUUAUCAGCUGGGAGUACAUAUCCGGCCGAAGCAUCAUACCCGAUGGGGAAUGCUACGCUGAGUUUUUCUACAACUGGUAUUUCCUCAUCACAGCCUCCACCAUCGAGUUUUUCACCCCAUUCAUCAGCGUGGCCUUUUUCAACUUGAGCAUUUACCUGAACAUCCAGAGGCGCACCAAAGCCCGCUUGGAUGUGGUGCAUGAGGCUCAGAACCAGAACUUUGUGGAGGAGAUCGAAAUGAGCCCUGAAGCCCAGCUCUCCAUGAAAUGCUGCAAGUGGGAGCAGAGAGAUCUGGCAGAAACUCUGGGUGUCCCAAAAUGGGACGCCCAAGAAGAAAGCAGCAAAGAGAGUACAAAUGUCAAGUAUUCGAGCACAGAGAGCUCUGGGUUUACCGGCAGCAAAGCAAAGCUUUUCAUCAAAAAGAACUACAAACACUCAACAUCUACUCUUUCUCUAGAGAAACGGAUGAAGGUGGCUUCCCAGAACAUGAGCCAACGUUUUAGGCUCACCAGAGACAAGAAAGUAGCCAAAUCUCUGGCCGUUAUAGUGGGGAUUUUUGGCCUCUGCUGGGCACCGUACACACUUCUCAUGAUUAUCCGAGCUGCAUGUCACGGUCACUGUGUCCCCGAGUACUGGUAUGAGACCUCCUUCUGGCUUCUGUGGGUCAAUUCUGCCAUCAACCCUGUCCUUUACCCUCUCUGCCACCACAGCUUCCGGAGAGCUUUUGUUAAACUCUUGUGCCCCAAGAAACUCAAGAUCCAGCCUCACAGUUCCCUCCAGAAAUGCUGGAAGUAGUUUCAAUUCAUUGUAGGCUAGAAAGGAUACUUUCUGCCAUAUUGCUCUGCAGGAGUUUGCUUCUUUUGAGAGGUGUUGCUUUUGAGAGGUGUUGAGCUGCUGUCCAGGGCUAGGAACCUACCAGGGUUAUAUAGCCUGUAGGACAGGGAUGGGUAACCUGUGGCACCUAAGGAUGGGGAGGAAAUUUGAUUCCGGUUACAUUUAAAGGCAAACCUAAUUCACACUUUCCAAAGCAAUAGGAGAACUGAAACACAGCCACCGUUUGUAAUUCACAUCUGCAA